UAAUCAUAUGACAAUGAAUACAGAGGAGAAACCAUAUAGCUGUGAACUUUACAACAAGGCCUUUUCACAGAAGCAUAAUUUGGUGAGAGUUCAUACAAAGAAGAAGUCAUAUAGCUGUGACACUUGCAUUAAGAAAUUUUCUAAAAGAAAUGAUCUUCUAACGCAAAUUAGAGUACAUGUAAAAGAGAAGCCAUACAUCUGUGAAAUUUGCAACAAUACCUUCUCACGAAAAAAAAAUCUGGUGAGGCACAUGAGAACACAUACAAAGGAGAAGCCAUAUAGCUGCAAGAUUUGCAAUAAGGCCUUUUCUGAGAGAAGUAAUCUUGUAAAGCACAAUGUAGUACAUACAAAAGAGAAGCCAUAUAGCUGCGAGAUUUGCAACAAUGCAUUCUCAUGGAGAAUUAGUCUGGUAAGGCACAUGAGAACACACACUAAGGAGAAGCCAUACAGUUGUGAAAUUUGUAACAAACACUUCUCAAGGAAAUCUAAUGUAGCAAUUCAUAUGAGAGUACAUGCAACGGAGAAGCCAUACAAAUGUGAGAUUUGUAACAAGAACUUUUCGCACAGGGCUUAUCUAGCGCGUCAUAGGAGAUUACACACAGAGGAGAAGCCAUACAGCUGUGAGAUUUGUAACAAAGGUUUUUCACAGAAAUAUCGUCUAGAAAGUCACAUGAGAGUACAUACAAAAGAGAAGCCAUACAGCUGUGAGAUUUGCAACAAGGCCAUCUCAUAUAAAAAUAGUCUAGAGAUUCAUAUGAGAAGACAUAGAAAGGAGGAGACAUACAGCUGUGAAAUUUGCAACAAUACCUUCUCACGAAAAAAAUAUCUAGUGAGGCACAUGAGAACACAUACAAAGGAGAAGCCAUAUAGCUGCAAGAUUUGCAAUAAGGCCUUUUCUGAGAGAAGUAAUCUUGUAAAUCACACUGUGGUACAUACAAAAGAGAAGCCAUAUAGCUGCGAGAUUUGCAACAAUGCAUUCUCAUGGAAAGUUAGUCUGGUAAGGCACAUGAGAACACACACUAAGGAGAAGCCAUACAGUUGUGAAAUUUGUAACAAACACUUCUCAAGGAAAUCUAAUGUAGCAAUUCAUAUGAGAGUACAUGCAACGGAGAAGCCAUACAAAUGUGAGAUUUGUAACAAGAACUUUUCGCAUAUAGCUAAUCUAGCGCGUCAUAGGAGAUUACACACAGAGGAGAAGCCAUACAGCUGUGAGAUUUGUAACAAAUUUUUUUCACAGAAAUAUUGUCUAGAAAGUCACAUGAGAGUACAUACAAAAGAGAAGCCAUAUUGCUGUGAGAUUUGCAACAAGGCCUUCUCAUAUAAAGAUAGUCUAGAGAUUCAUAUGAGAAGACAUAGAAAGGAGGAGACAUACAGCUGUGAAAUUUGCAAUAAGGCCUUCUAUGUGAAAAGUCAUGUAGUAAGGCAUAUGAAAGUGCAUACAAGAGAGAAACCAUACAGCUGUGAGAUUUGCAAUAAAGAAUUCUCAAAAAAAUACAACCUAGUAAUCCACAUGAGAAUACACACAAAAGAGAAGCCAUACAGUUGCAACAUUUGCAAUAAAGCCUUCUCAUCAAAAAGUAGUCAAGCAAACCACAUGAGAGUUCAUACACAGGAGAAACCAUAUAACUGUGAGAUUUGCAAUAAGGCCUUCUAUGUGAAAAGUCAUGUAGUUAGGCAUAUGAGAGUGCAUACAAAAGAGAAAUCAUACAGCUGUGAAAUUUGCAAUAAAAACUUCUCAGAAAAAUAUAAUCUAGUAAUCCACAUGAGAGUACACACAAAAGAGAAGCCAUACAGCUGUGAGAUUUGCAAUAAGGCCUUCUCACAGAAAGCUGGCCUAGUGAAACACAUAAGAGUACAUACAAAGUCUUCAUAG